UUGCUCGCCGCCGCUCGCCCUUCCCCGCUGCAUCUUUCAUGGCAACAUGGCGAUGCCGGCGCAGCCCCGCCGCGCGGCUCCCCUCGGCCCGCUCCUGCUGCUCCUGCUGCUGGCCGCCCCCGCCGCCCACGGCUACAGCUUCCCGCAGCACUACACGAUGCAGUACUGGACCAGAAGGCUGGAGCAGGAGAUUGAUGGAGUGAUGAGGCUAUUCGGUGGUGUCCAGCAGCUCAGAGGGAUCUACAAUGACAACAGGAACCUGUUCGAGGUCAAGGAGAACGUCCCCAAGAAAUUAGUGGAGAAAGUGUCGGGAGACAUUGAGAGCCUGUUGGCCAAGAAAGUUCGGGCUUUAAAGAGACUCGCUGGUGCGGCUGAGAAGUUCCAGAAAGCCCACCGCUGGCAGGACAACAUCAGGGAGGAGGAUAUUGAAUACUACGACUCCAAGGCAGACACGGAAUAUGAGGCAGUGUGGCUGCAGCAAGAGACUAAUCGCCUGCUGAUGGACCAGGCUUCUCAAGACCAAGCUAUGUUGCGGGAUCUGGUAAACCAGGAUGAUCCAGAGGGAGAAGAGAUAGAAAGGGAGAAGUCCAACUCCUUGAAGCUGGAGUUUACCGAAGAUGUGAACUUCAAAACCAAGGUUAACUAUUCGUAUGCCGCUGUGCAGAUCCCUACGGACAUCUACAAAGGCUCCACCGUGAUCCUCAAUGAGCUGAACUGGACUGAAGCCCUGGAGGACGUGUUUAUCGAGAACCGGAAGGAAGACCCAUCUCUGCUGUGGCAGGUCUUCGGCAGCGCCACUGGCGUGACCCGCUACUACCCAGCCACCCCCUGGAGAGCUCCCAAUAAGAUCGACCUGUAUGACGUCCGCAGGAGGCCUUGGUAUAUCCAAGGGGCCUCCUCUCCAAAGGACAUGGUGAUCAUCGUGGACGUGAGCGGCAGCGUCAGUGGCCUCACACUGAAGCUGAUGAAGACGUCAGUCUGCGAGAUGCUGGACACCCUUUCGGAUGACGACUACGUCAACGUGGCUUCGUUUAACGAGAAGGCAAAACCUGUGUCCUGCUUCAAGCACCUGGUCCAGGCCAACAUCCGCAACAAGAAAGUCUUCAAGGAAGACGUGCAGGAGAUGGUGGCCAAGGGGACGACCGACUACAAAGCCGGCUUUGAGUACGCCUUUGACCAGCUGCAAAACUCCAACAUCACGCGAGCCAACUGCAAUAAGAUGAUCAUGAUGUUCACGGAUGGCGGGGAAGACCGGGUCCAGGAUGUGUUUGAGAAGUACAACUGGCCCAAUAAAACGGUGCGAGUGUUCACCUUCUCGGUGGGGCAGCACAACUACGACGUGACCCCCCUGCAGUGGAUGGCUUGUGCCAACAAAGGUUACUACUUCGAAAUUCCCUCCAUUGGAGCCAUCCGAAUCAACACACAGGAGUACCUGGACGUGCUGGGGAGACCCAUGGUCCUGGCAGGGAACAAAGCAAAACAGGUUCAAUGGACCAAUGUCUAUCAGGAUGCUCUGGGCCUGGGCUUGAUGGUGACCGGCACCCUGCCAGUGUUUAACCUCACGGAGGAUGGCAGCAGCAACAGGAAGAACCAGCUCAUCCUGGGCGUGAUGGGAAUCGACGUGGCUCUCAAUGACAUCAAGAAGCUGACGCCGCGCUACAACCUAGGGGCUAACGGCUACAUCUUUGCCAUCGAUCUCAAUGGAUACGUCCUGCUGCAUCCAAACCUGCAACCUCAGAUCAUCAAUUUCCGAGAGCCCGUGACCCUGGACUUUCUGGAUGCUGAGCUGGAGGAUGAGAACAAGGAGGAGAUCCGGAGAAGUAUGAUCGAUGGCAGCGAAGGGCAGAGAGUCAUCAAGACCCUGAUCAAAUCCCUGGAUGAGAGAUACAUUGAUGAAGUCAUCAGGACCUACACCUGGGCCCCUAUCAAAAGCACCAAUUACAGCCUGGGGCUAGCCUUGCCACCUUAUAGCACGUACUACAUCCGGGCAAACCUCAGCGACCAGAUUCUCCAAGUGAAGUAUUUUGAAUUCCUGCUGCCAAACAGCUUUGAGUCCGAGGGACAUGUAUUCAUUGCUCCCAGAGAAUAUUGCAAAGACCUUGACCUGUCGGAUAACAACACAGAAUUCCUGGAAAACUUUAUCGCCCUCAUGGAAAAGGUGACCCCAGACUCCAAACAGUGUGACAACUUCCUCCUUCACAACCUGAUCCUGGACACAGGAAUCACCCAGCAGCUGGUGGAGAGGGUGUGGAAGGACCAGGACCUCAAUACGUACAGUCUCCUGGCCGUGUUUGCGGCCACGGAUGGUGGCAUCACCCGAGUUUUCCCUAACAAAGCUGCCGACGACUGGGAAGAGGACCCGGAACCCUUCAAUGCCAGCUUCUAUCGGCGCAGUCUAGACAACAGGGGGUAUAUCUUCAAACCGCCCUUCCGGGACCCCAGCUACAGAGGGCUGGAGCUCGAAAACAACACCAUUGGGAUCCUGGUCAGCACAGCCGUGGAGCUCAGCAUUGGCGGGAGGACCCUGAAGCCAGCAGUGGUUGGAGUGAAGCUUGACCUGGAGGCUUGGGCUGAAAAGUUUAAAGUCCUGGCAAGUAAUCGGACAGACCGGGAUCAGCUGGGAACGCGCAGGUGCGACCCCUCCACGAGCUGCGAGAUGGACUGUGAGGCCAACAACAAGGACCUCAUUUGCGUUCUCAUUGACGAUGGAGGCUUUCUGGUGCUCUCCAACCAGGAAGAUCAUUGGUACCAGGUGGGGAAGUUUUUCAGCGAAGUGGAUGCUAAUUUGAUGUCUGCCCUCUACAACAACUCCUUCUUCGCACGGAAGGAGUCCUACAACUUCCAGUCGGUGUGCACCCCGGAAGCUCAGAGCAACACAGGAGCUGCCCCCAGAGGGGUGUUUGUGCCCACCAUGGCAGAUUUCCUGAACCUGGCUUGGUGGACAUCAGCCGCAGCAUGGUCUUUGUUCCAGCAGCUCUUGUACAGCCUCACCUACAGCAGCUGGUUUCAAACAGAGGAUGUCACAGCAGACAGCAUGGAGUCCAGAGAGACCAGCUGCAUCAUGAAGCAGACGCAGUACUACUUCAGCACCGUCAACGCCACCUAUAAUGCUAUAAUUGACUGUGGAAACUGCUCCAGACUGUUCCACGCACAGAGGCUCGCCAACACCAAUCUGCUGUUCGUUGUAGCGGAUAAGCCGAUGUGCAGCCAGUGUGAGUCCACCAAGCUCCCUCAAGCGGAGAUACGAGCUCCACCGAGAGAUCCAAAUCAGUGUGAGCUGGUAGACAAGCCCCGGUACCGGAAAGGCCCCCACAUCUGCUUUGACUAUGAUGCAGCGGAAGAUACCUCAGACUGCGGCAGAGGGGCCUCCUUCAAACCCUCCCUCAGCGUCUUGUUAUCCCUGCAGCUGCUGCUCCUCUACUUGACUGCCAGCCGCCAGCCUCUGUCCUCAGCAUCUUGCCUUUAAAACAUCCAUCUGGUCCAACCCAUCCAUUUUUCUUUUGUUUAAAACUCCAUCUCCAUCCUCUCCAGGCGUGUUGGAAAAGGGCAACUUCUUCUCGUCCCAUCCGCUCUGGUUACACCUUGGCUGUGGCUCAUGAGGACCUCCUCUCGCUCCACUGAGGAGCCUGGAAUAUCUUUUUCUUUUUCCUUUUGCUUUGUUUCCCAUCCUCUCCAACCUGGCCUUGCCUUUCUAGCGUCUCUGUGCAGCAGGUUGGCAAGAACUGAGCUUGAGCAAGACUUGGGGAAUCACAACCCAUUUGAGGCUUCUGUUCUUCAGACAGCAAGCGUCCUUGUGCUCUUGACUCCUUGACCCCGUCCUCUCCCUUCCAUUGAGCUGUUGGCCAAAUAUGAAGAACAGUGACCUGGUUUUUUGGUUCGGUUUUCUUUUUUUUUCUCUUUUCCCUCAUGGAACCUGUGGAAUUCUGGGAGAUUUUGUAGUUUCCAUUGAGAGACGUCUUACCAUUUUGCUGUCUUAAAGUAUUUAACCAACACCGAUGCCGGAUUACUCUUGUAUUUGAGAUAAUCCGCCCUCCUGCCCUUCCCAUCCAAACAAAAACACAAAACAAAAUAGAAGAGAAAAAAAAUGGUGUUUUCUUGCCAAAUCGAGACAAGUCUUGUUAACUUCUCAACCAAUCACCGUGGCUUCUUGAACUCAAAAAACAACCGAUGUUAUAUUUUAUAAUGUCCUCAUUUGCUUCUCCAUGCCACCCAAUCCCUAGGUGCUUUCCAACACCGUCCCGUCCAAGUCUCACCUUAUUUACAUCCAUCUUAUCUCAAUCUUCAAUUAUUAUUUUGUAGCCUGAGGAUUUUAAACCAUAUCUUUCUACAUCUGCUUUCCAACAUUUUAGCCUGAAGAAGUACAAAUAUUUAUUGUCAGCAACAAGGACACACACACAAAAAAAGAAACUUGAAUUGAAUGUCAUGGUCAGUAUUAUUUAUUUAAAUUGAUAACUCUGUAGUGGGGAAGUGGGAGAGGGGAUCCAAGACCUUCAGCAGCCAUUCAUGUGCAUCAUUCUAGCCCUGGCAUACAGUGGGUGGGACUAACCAUGGCUAAGAAGAACUUUGUGGUCCAUGUUGUUGCCUCAUUCCCCAGAGACAGCCUCCCACUACAACCCAGGCCGGAUAACAGAUGCCCCUGGACAGUUAACCCAAGGGUACAUUGGCAGGAAGCUUGGCUAAGGGUUCAUGGGGCUCUCUCUGGACCAGACUACCACCACUGGGGCAGGCACUGCCCACUCCUUUGAGUAGCAUGCCCUGAUCCUGUGUGCUGAUUCAUUCUCCACCAGGCAUGCAGAGCUGGAGAGGAUCCAACAGGGCCUUUUAAAACACCCAGGGCCUGAUAUAAGCAGGGUACUGAGCCCCCACAGCUCCCAUUGACCUCAGUGGGGUUCAACACCUCCAAAAAACCCAGCCCAAGCUCGCCCCUGAGUGUAACUGUUAAGUCAGCAGAGAUACACCAGGGAGCAUUUGGCCCUCACCCCCCAAAUACCACCCCAGAGGGACUGGCAUCCAGGGCAGCUCUACUAGAGGAGGAGGGUCCCUGAACUGAGCCCCCCAAAAUGGCUAAGUGGUGCCCUCAUGUCACUCCCAUUGACUCUGCCUCUGAGGGGAGAGUUUAACCUGACGCACCUUUGGCCGUUGGUUGCCCCAUGUAAGCCUGGUGGACGCUUGGGAAGGGACAUGCGCUAGUGAGGGGUUUUGGCCACAGAGCAGGGGGUCAGGCCCCCAGAGGGGUAGGUUCAGUCUCCUGAAACAGCAUGCAGGGCAAGAGAAGGAGGAAAAUGCUACACAGGCACCAGUAACGUGUCAGGUGCACCACCAGCAGGGGGAUGCCAUGGUGCAUUUGACACAUUAUUCCCUGGGUGCCCACGGCCCUGGUUUUCACACUCGGAAUGCCUCAUUGCAUGAUGGGAGUUACCCUGGGCCUGUGAAGCACCCAGAUGUCUGGGAGAGGGCAGAGCAUCUGGAUCUUAGGGUCUCGCUAACUGGGAGACUUGAGACUGACCCGUCUUUCAAGCAGCAGCCAGCACUUUCUGUCCCUGAUGUCACAUAUGUAUCCAGAUGGCAUCAGAUGCCCCCAACAUGGGCCUUUCAGAUUUGGUUUUAGGGGAGAGGGUUCUAUGAGCACCUGCCACUCAACUCAAGCCCCUGUCCCCCACCAAGAGCCCCUCCAGUUGUCUUCAUAGCGGCAUGUUUUAUGUUUGGGGCUGGCUUUUCAAAUCAAAGUCAGAAUCCCUCCCCCCAUAGCGAGUGGUGGCUAGAUGGGAUGUCAAAGCGGCGGGGCUAGCUCUGUGCCUGUCCUCAGCCAUUGGGGCUGUUCCUGGUGCACAGGCUGGGAUGCCAUUUUACACAGGUUCAGCUGCACUUGAGUACCCUCCCGACCCCAAAGCCCCCUUCUCUUCAGCCAAAUAUCUCCUCUGCCUCUUUGCAUUGGGUGGCCAGGAAAGGGGAAAGGACCCUCGCUCAUUGCUGCUUCAUGGGUGGGCGCAUAGAGCAACAUCAUGAGGGGCUGACCUGUGGCCCCGACCUCAUCCUGUACCCUAGCUCUCGGUGUCUCCUGAGCCAAGAUUGCCUAGCCGUGCCAGACGGUGCGACUGCUUUGUGACAUGGGCAAACGUCUGUGAGGUACUAACUGAGAUCCCGCCCUAACUCCAUUUCCUUCCACUUCUCACCUAGGGUACAAACCAACCUGUUGCUACCUUGCCCCCACCUCUGUGUUUGCCUGAAGCCACGGAGCCACCCCCCACCACACACACACUCACUCCAUGUGUGUACACAGCCACGUGCAGACACAUCCCCUCAUACCCACAAGAGAACACACACUCUUGUACGUUCACAGACGCAUACACCAAACCGUGCACACACCUGGCCCACGUGGCUACCUCUCCUGUGAACACACACCCACACGUACAUACACACACUCCCGCAUACACCCUAACACAAUCUUUGGUUCAGGGGGCCAUUUUGUGCUAGGCUACUGCCAUCACCCCUCAUCCAGGAGCCUGGUAGUACCAUUCCCCCUGUAUCCUUCCUCUGAUCCUGACACAAACUUCACCCAGCGGCCGCAGGGCCAGACAGGAGACCUGUCAGAACACCCAGCACUAGAGGUGGCUUUUCCCCUUGAAUUCCCCUGGCACUAUAUUCGUUUUCCCUGGAGGAAAUCUUACUAGAUCCCACCAUUGCCAUGAGCACCCCAGCCCCUUUGCCCCCCAAGUUGUGUGCCCUGCAGGAGGCUGGCACUGCCAGCCUGAAGGAAUUUCAGAGGUCUCCCAGUGAAGCGCCAGCAGUGCAGAGUGCAGGCGAUGAGGUGGGGGUGGCGGAGGAGAUGGCUGGGGCAGAGUGUGCUGACAAAGUCGGGGAUGAGCUGGGGUAUGGCAGGAGAAGAAUGCAGAGGAUGAAGUGGGGGUGGGGUAGGGAUUGUUUGGGACAGAGUG